UACACAUGUACAUAGAAACUGAUACAAUAGGGUCAUGUUAUUAGUCGAUUUUAGUAAGCGAUGUCAUUAGUUUUGAAUAUUUCUGUGGUUCAAAUAUGAAGGCUCGAUAAUGUGAAGCGCAUGGAGUUUUUUGGAGAGUUCCUAUAAACUACAGAUGUAGGAAACGCUUUAUCAGUGCGACAUUAACAUGGAUCAGGAGCGCAGCAGACAGUGGUACUGUGAGAGACAUGUCCUUGCAGCACAUUCUGGUUUCGGCCUCAGGUGUCUCGACUUUAGACAGGUAUACUCUUGAGAGGGGAGAUAUAAGAAAGUGAAGCGUCAGUAUUUUCUUUAUGAAGGCCAUUAGAAGAGACAAAGUAUAAAGUAGACAUAUUAACUUAAUAUAUAACUUAUAUAACAUCAUGAGAAAGAAAUGUGAGGAAGAAGACAAUGAUAGAAAGGAAAAAAAUGAAAAGGGGAAGAAACACAGAAAAGGAUAUGGAUACAGAAAGGAAGGUACAGCAGAAAGAGAGAAAGGAAAUGGAUACAAAAAAUACAGGACCUUAUAACAAGAAAUUAAAGACAGUUCUACAAAGAACGAUAAUAAACGAAAAAGCAGAUGCAAGGAACAUGACAGAAUCGACAGAUGACGAGGACAUCGACGAACAGCAGGACAACACUAACAACAAGGAACAACAGGACAAAGACAAGGACAUGGAGGGAAAAUCAACAUAUAUUGCUAAGUUGAUCAAAGACCAAGGACUAGACAUAUCGGACUCGGACGAGGAGACAAGUGACAGAACUAAUAUACCUACUGAUUACGAGGACAUCGCAGACCAGGUGGACAACACUAACAGCAAGGAACAAAAGUACAAAGACAAGGACAAUGAGGGAAAAUCAAACUCGGACGAAGACUCGGACGCCGAUGGCGGAUUUAAUCUAUCGGCAUACCAGGAACAACAGGACGAAGGCAAUGAAGCAAAAGCUGAUAGGAACAAAACUUUUAUUGCAACAACACCUCAAUGCAUACUAACAGACAAAAUGACCAUAGAAAAAAAACUACAAAUGAUGGCAGCAAUGCAGUGUAACAGAAUUAUAUUAAAUGUGGGAAGCGAAAAAUUUGAAACUUGUAUUCAAACUCUAGAAAACGACCCGAAAGGACUUCUUGCAAAAAUGAUUGCUCAUGAUUCUCCUAUGGCAUCCUACAAAGUGAACAAUAUCAACUGUUACUUCAUCGACAGGGACCCGCGAUAUUUCAGGUUUGUCUUGAAUUACUUACGAAAUAUCAACACUGUAUUGAUGGCCAGACUCCUGUCGGCAGAAAUGUUACUUCUAGAGGAACUUCUAGUCGAGGCAAAGUUUUAUCAGCUUGCUGGUCUUGAACAUUAUGUUGAAAGAAAACUUCGGGAAACCAAUCAACGCUUACUGCAAGAGUAAUCUAUAUAGGAGUUGAAAAACGCAACAUACCCUUUGUUCUGACACACAAUCCACCUCACAACAACAUGGUGAAAGAGCAAAAGAAUCGAUCCCACUCCUACAUUAAAGCCAAAAGAUGCGUAAAGUACAGAAAUUAGAUAUUCUCCGAAGCAAGCUACAACACGAAAACCUAAAGAAAACCUUACCAGGGCAAAAAUUGACACUACGGAACAGCAGUAUUAUACGGUGUCGGCAUUCGGAGACAAACAAUGUGGAACGUGUAUGUACAUGUACGUUCACCAAUGACAGUGCUUAAUCUUGAAAAACGGCAAACUCAUCAAACCAAACUGUGAUCUAACUUAAAAAAGCUUUAAUUUACUGCCAUUUGUGUAAAUAUUUCUUUAUGGAUUCCGAAAAUUCCUGUUUAGUUAUCAAAGAGGAUACAGUAGUAUGGAUCAACGUAUACUAAUGAACUAUUCCUGGAACCAAGUCAUAGAUAAUACUAAGUAACAUUGUAAUGGAUCCGGAACAAUAAGCAUAUUUAAUGCAAUAGUAUUUAAUGUUGACAAGACAACACUUUACCGAAUAUUCAUAGUUUAAAGUAUUAUAUAUUAUAAUUGCUAACAUUGACCAAUGUUUUGUAACGUUACUGUUGUCAGCAAUGGUAUUAUAAUUUGAAAAUAAUUGUAGAUACUUGAUUACUUGAUAAUCGUUAUGUUUUAUACUUAUAAUUACAUGUAUUAUUAAUAUUCUUUUUUUAUUAUUUCCACAGAUCUUGAUAACAUGUUAAUUCAAAAACGAAAGCAAAUAAAACGUUCAUAUCAUAGCACAUGAUAGCUGAUCGUUACACAAACAUUUUAGUGAUCAUUAUUUUUUAAAGGUCAGGGUCACCCAACAGAUUUUAAAAUAUAUUUUUUUUAAACGUAUUUUGAAUGACCAUAACUUGAUAAACGUUCGUGCGAUUUCAUUUAUCAGGGAAUAUGUCAAGGUCAUGACCUCACUAUGGGGUCAAAAUUAGGUAAAAAUUGGUCUCCAUUUGUGUGGGAUUUUUUUGUUUGUUUGUUUGUUGUUGUUUUUUUUUUUUUUUUUUGAAAAAGAAAAUGGAGAAAGAAAUGGAAUGUGCAAAUUGUUUUAUCAUCGGAUGAAAAAUAAAACGCAAAACAUUUCACAACCUUGAAACCAGGAUAUUGGCAAGAUGACCAGGGAAAAACAGUGUUCGCUUGUCAUAAGGGCUUUUCGAAUUUAACGUCAUGCCCUUUGGGUUGUCAAACGCAUCAGGCAUAUUCCAAGAGCUUAUGUCGGAAGUUUAACAGGAUUUAGAUCAAAUUGCCAAAGUCUAUUUAGAUGAUGUCUUGAUCUAUUCAAAAAGUUUUCUCGAGAUUGAGAAAACACCAGUUAAAGUUGAAAUUGAAGAAGUGUCAAUUUUUCAAAAAGGAAACAAACUAACUGGGCUUUGUGAUAAAUUAAAACAGCAUAACAUUGGAUCCUGCAAAAAUACGGGCCGUGUGGCUAAUGUCAGCUCCAUAUUGUGUCAAAGAGCGCAGGGGAAUUAUUUGAACGUGUAGUUACUAUCGUACAUUUAUACCAAACUUGCAAAACCUCUCAUCAAUCGAACAAUAAAAUAU